UUAUUAAUUUUUCUGGUCAUCAAUCUCCGCACUCGCAACAUUUCAAUUAAGGGUACCCCACAUUCUCUGUUUUUGCCUUGUCACGGUCCUGGACUCAUACUCAGCUGACUAGCAACAUGUAAAUAAUCGUAUAAUAAUAAGUACAGUAAUUACUCGAUGAUAAUUCACAACAAAUUACGAGUAUGAGUUAUUAGUUCAUAAGCGUAGUUUAUUUAAAUACACUUGUGCUUUCGGUUUACCGAAUGUUUUGUUAGAGUGUCACCCAUAACCACGAAAGAGACUGUUGUCAAUAUCUAAAACGUGGUUCAUUCAAUGUCGAAGUUUAGUGUAUUAUAAUAAAUUUAAAUUCUUAAUCAAUGCUUUUAAUAAACAGCAAACGGUUAAAUUGCUCCAUGUUUUUGUAAUAUUCGCGAUAAGAUUAUCUUACGAUAAGAUAAAAAUUAUAGUCGCUGUUAGUUGGGACAAAGAGGUUGACAUUUUACGUGUGCCAUUACGUACCUACAUCCGUUAACUGUAAACAUCAAUAUGGCGCAAAGGAGCGGUGCAGUUAAAUUAGCCAAGCUUCGAGAGUUAAUGGAAACUAUACAAAUAGGUGGUAUCAAAGGAAAAGGUAUCCAAGCUUUGAUCGUAAAUUCCAGCGACGCUCAUCAGUCAGAAUAUUUGAGAAAACGAGAUAAAAGAAUCCGUUUUAUCAGUGGUUUUACCGGUUCUUUCGGUGUCUCGAUUGUUACAUUAAGUAAAGCUUUACUAUGGACAGACGGCAGAUAUUACGUGCAAGCUUUGGCAGAAUUUGAUCCAUCCGACGCGUGGACACUUAUGAAAGAGGGUUUGUUGGACACUCCGACAAGGGUCGCAUGGUUGGUUUCUAACUUACCACCUAAAUCCACCGUCGCUGCAGAUUCUAAUUUAAUGAGUUACACAGAAUGGGCAGUUUUACAUACCAGUCUAAGCGAUGCUGGUCACUGUCUGAUGCCACUAGAGGAGAAUUUAAUCGACAAAGUUUGGGGCGAAGAACAACCCGCGGCUACAGGUAACAUCGUCUUGCCGCAGCCAUUGCAAUUUUCGGGACGCACCGUAGAAGAGAAAGUCAAGCUGUGCAGGGAAGAAAUGAAUAAGAACAAAACAAAAGCGCUCGUGAUCACAGCUUUGGACGAAGUAGCAUAUAUCUUGAAUUUAAGAGGAUCUGAUAUACCUUACAAUCCUGUUUUCUUUGCCUAUGUCAUUCUUACGUUAGAAGAUCUCCAUUUGUUCAUUGACGAAAGCAAACUAAGCGAAAAAGCUCAAGAGCAAUUAACAGGAGAAGGGGUAAACAUAGUUUAUCACCCGUAUGAAGAUAUACACGUAUUUCUGAAGCAAAUUGCAAGUUCAUGCACCAACGAUGAGAAAAUAUGGAUAAGCAAUGGUUCCAGUUAUGCUUUGCAUACCGACUGCGGGGAAACAAAGAAACAUACCGCUAUCACAUCGAUAAAUAUCAUGAAAGCUAUUAAAAAUGAUGUUGAGAUCGAGGGAAUGAAGGCAGCGCAUAUACGUGAUGCAGUGGCGCUCGUGAAAUACUUCGCUUGGUUGGAAGAUCGAGUUUUGAAUAGCAAAGAAAUCGUUACAGAAGUAUCUGGAGCGAUGCAACUCGAAAAAUUUAGGCAGGAGCAGGAACAUUUUGUUGGUCUAAGUUUUCCAACAAUAUCUUCGGUCGGACCCCACGGAGCAAUAAUUCAUUAUCAAUCGACGUCAAAGACUGAUGUACCGAUUACAGACAAAGAGCUUUACCUUUGCGAUUCCGGUGCUCAAUAUCAAGAUGGAACUACGGAUGUCACGAGGACAUUGCAUUUUGGUAGUUCGACGGACUUCGAGCGCGAAUGUUUCACGAGAGUGUUCAAGGGUCAGUGUCGACUUUCCUCGGCUAUUUUUCCUUUGAUGAUACAAGGAAAUUAUCUCGACACGCUUGCUCGUGAAAAUUUAUGGAGCGUUGGUCUUAAUUAUCUUCAUGGUACUGGACACGGAAUAGGUUCGUAUUUAAACGUUCACGAAGGACCUAUUGCCAUUUCUUGGAGAUUAUAUCCAGAUGACCCAGGUUUGCAACCUGGCAUGUUUCUUUCGAACGAACCAGGAUACUACGAGGACGAGAAAUUUGGUAUCAGACUCGAAAACAUAGAAUUGGUAGUAAAGGCGAAUACACCCUAUAAUCACAAGAAUCAUGGUUUCCUUACGUUCGAAACUGUUACAUUGGUGCCUAUACAGACCAAGUUACUCGACGUUUCCUUGUUAACAGAGAACGAGAUCGAAUAUUUGAACAAUUAUCACGCAAGGUGUUUAAAUACUUUAACACCGCUGUUGCAAGGACCAGUGAAUGCUCAAGCGCUUGAGUGGUUGAAAAGAGAAACUCGAGCGAUCUCGAAAUAA